UUUAUCUAUGCAGAUGAUAUAGCUAUCUGCGCCGAGAGCCAACCGAAGUUACAAGAGGCACUCCUUUAUCGGAAACACCAGUUCCAGACCGGUGGCCUUGUGUUGAGUGUUGCAAAGACCCAGUACAUGUCCUUUAACAAUCCAAAUUUAAGCGACAACCGGCCGAUUCCUAUCGACGGUCAAUUAGUCACCAUGUGCGAUCAAUAUAAAUAUCUGGGAGGUAUGAUGCACAUCUCUGGGAACCUGGAAUGCAACAUUCAACACCGAAUAGCCGCAGCGUGGCAAAAUGGCGAGAAUUAACUGGUGUUACUUGCGACAGAUGAAUGCCAGUUAAACUCAAGGGUUUGGUCUACAAGUCCAUGAUAAGACCAGUCCUCAUGUACGGGAGUGAAACGUGGGCCGUAACAAAAAAGGACAUGAAUACCAUUCAAGUUGCUGAAAUGAAGAUGCUGAGAUGGAUGUGCGGCGUAACCAGGCUCGAUGAGAUCCGUAACGAGUUCGUGCGAGGCAGCCUCGGUGUGCGUGACAUCGCUGACAAGAUGCAGGAGAGUAGGCUGCGAUGGUAUGGUCAUGUAAGGAGGAGGCCGCCAGACUACGUCGAUCCAGAGGCAGACCGAAAACGAGAUGGAAAGAUGUAGUAAUGAAAGACAUGAGUGAGUGCCAAGUCUCAGAAGAAGAUGUCAUGGACAGAGCGAAGUGGAAGAGACGGAUUGGGAAAGCUGAUCCCACCACCUUGUGGAAUGCAAGCUAAGCAGAGAAAGAAUGUUAAAAUGCAUAUUUAAGUCUUUCUUCGACAUAUGGUUGAGACAUAGUGUGUAGAUUGGAUAAUAUAAUUCGGCGAUG